AGUGUUGUUGACUAUUGUGAUAAUGCCAUUGUGAGUCUGUUUGGCUCAUAUAUCGUUUCGUAGAAUGAAUACAUGUGGAGUCAGUCCUUAGUAUGCAAUUUUUGUGCUUCGUAAAUAAUAUUUAGGUCAAGCGUAAAUUGAAACGCACGAGCCAAACGCAUACGAAUCUCUAACAGAAAUUAUUUUCGAAAAUUUUAGCACAAUUUUAAUGUGUUUUUAUUUGUAUGCAUGAAGGUCUAACUAGAUUUAAAUAAUAAUCUUUUUACUUACCAACAAACAUCAAAACAAUAGCAAUAUUUAAAAUUGAAAUGAAGCAAUGCGAUAAAAAAUCAAUAAUUUGCCAAAAAAAAUUAGAAUACCGACUGAAGAUAAAGUUUUCCAUGUACUUUGCACAUUACAUUGAAAUACAUGUAAAAGAAGUGAGAAAAUAAUUCGGUAAUCACAUUUUGUUGCGUUUACAUUACCAUUGUUUACAAUAUUAUUAAGUUGUUUUGAUGUUCUUCCAAUCUAGAAACUCGUUAGUGCUGACUACUGAGUUUUGAGUAAAAGUACACACUUAAGUGACUAUCGGAAAGAUUCACAAGGCACUCAGUCGGUAACGGAACGUCGUGAGGUGCGCAUCACGCAAAAGGCUUCAACUCUUUGCGACGCAAAUAGUUUAAGUAUACUUAACUCAACAACUGCAUGGUGCAAAUUCUUAACGGCAUCGGAAUGUUCAUCGGAGACGAGAAUACGUGACGAACAGUUACCAGUGCUACUUUUACAUUUAUAAAUUAACUUUUUAAAAGUUGUGUGGUGUGUGUUAUAUAAUUGCGAAGGUAGAAGGUCACUUCCGAUUCGUGUCGGUAAUUAUUUCCGCGGUUGAUUAACGCAAAAAAAAAAAAUUAAACAUGGUUAAAUUGAUUCAGCAUUCAACAAUCACGUUGUGCAAGGAGGCACCCUUUGACCAUGAAGCGGAAGCAAACAAAACUCGCGCGGAAUGUGAUUAUUCAGUGCGCAUCAGUUUUGAUAUGGCCAAGUCCGGCACAGUUCCACGACCUGUACGAGUUUACGCUGAUGGUAUCUAUGAUUUGUUCCAUCAGGGUCAUGCCAGGCAACUGAUGCAGGCGAAGAAUGUGUUCCCCAACGUUUACCUCAUUGUUGGAGUUUGUAAUGAUGCACUGACUCAUAGUAAGAAGGGUCGUACAGUAAUGAACGAAGAAGAACGAUAUGAAGCGUUACGACAUUGUCGCUACGUAGAUGAAAUCGUCCGUGAUGCGCCCUGGGAAGUGGACGAAGAGUAUAUUGCAAAACACAAGAUUGAUUUCAUUGCGCAUGAUGACUUACCCUAUGGCACUGAUGAUUGUAAUGAUGUGUACGCCAAAUGGAAGUCCAAGGGCAUGUUUGUCGCGACUGAGCGCACUGAAGGUGUUUCCACCUCGGAUAUUGUCGCGAGAAUUGUUCGCGAUUAUGAUAUGUACGUGCGACGUAAUCUUGCCCGUGGUUAUACAGCCAAAGAACUUAAUAUUUCCUAUCUCACCGAGAAGAAGAUCAAGGUGCAGAACAAGAUGAAUGAAUUCAAGACGCGCAGCAAGAAAGUCAGCCAGGAUAUAUUCCGUAACUGGGAGGAUAAAUCGCGUGAGUUUAUCGAUAAUUUCUUGCUGCUCUUUGGAAAAGAGCGCUUGACUCAUUUGUGGAAUGAGUCCAAGGGGAAAGUCCUGCAAGCGUUGAGUCCGCCCAGUUCACCAUCGUCCUCGUCGUCGAGUAGUAACUCUGUAAAUGGCGACUAUGAUGGUUUGGAGGAACGUAUGUCUCCGCCGCGAAAAGCGCCGCGAUUUGAGAUCCAGUCCUCGUCCAAGACGUACCUCUGCGAGGAGGACUAUAGCGACGAGGAGGAUGAACCUAUUCUGUUGAAAAAGUAGUCGUACAAUACUUUCGAAACACUUUACACUUAGUUUUACAUUUAAAGAUUUAGAGAUUUACAAAAAAAAAAAAAUUGAAAGUAAUCGUAGGACACUCUGUACAUAAUUAUUGGGGGAGUGUGCGCAUGCGCAUACAAAUUACGUGCGUAUUUUUCUAGUAUUUACGGUCAUUUUGGAAGACUGACACAAUGAUGACUCUUGCAUUUUCUAUUGUAUUGCAUACACACACUAUUCGAAAUGGUAUUCUUAUGAGCUUAGUCCUCGCUUAAUACUAAUUAUUUAUCAUUUAUAAAAGUAAAGUUUUCUAAUGUGUAAUUCAAUAGAAAUGUUGCAACAACAAGAUGGCGGGCGGACGCCUACAACACAUACAAAUAUUUCCAACUUAUUUAUUUGUACCGUUACCAGAAUUUCUCCAAACAAAAUUUGAUGAUGUGUAGUAGGUUAUGAAAUUGAAAAUGAAGUAUUCAAAGUGCUAGUCUCAUGAUGAUGAUAAAUGUGUUGAAAUUGUUUUGCAACUUGCAAAUCUAAAAUCUGUAAUUGUUAAAAAUAGGUUAUGAUUAACUUAAAACUUAAACGAUAUUAAAACAUACUAAUAUUGACGGUAGGAAGAAGCUAAAAACACCAAAAAUUAACUUUAACGUGUUUGGAGCUGUUUUUGGGGGGCAAUUGUAAAGUUGGAUGAUAAUAAUCUCGGAGGAUUUAACGUAUACAUUAAUAAAUUCAAGUACCUAUAAUAAGAUGGCGGGCGUGCUACAACAAACAAAAGUAAAGCAACCAACCAGAAACAUCCUAGAUGUAUUUUAUUAGCAGACUUUACAAAAGCAAAGUUAAAUUAUUGUUAUAAGCUUGUGAUAAAAAUAUAAAUUACGUCAAUA